AUCUAAGAAGAAAGCAGGGAAUUUAUAUUAAAAGGUACUAUCUUUUUUGUAAUCAUAUGCUCAAUUGACGAGGGCAGGUGAUUAUUUAGAUUGUAGAUUACGUUUGCUUCUUUUAUUUCCCUUUUCAUCAUAUAAUAAUUGAUUAUUGCUUGGUUUUUAGUAAUACAUUAAACUUAUCAUAGGUUUACAGGUAAGACAUUAUAAAUAAUAGUAUGCAUUAGUACUAGUGCUUACUAGAAGUGCACGUUUUAGCUAUUAUAAGUGGAAGAAAGGUGACAUAUGUCAGCCAAAUUGGUUGCCAUUUUCACUCUAAUGGUAAAGUACUAUAGUUAAUUUACUUAUUUUAAUUGUAGUUGCUGUUGACCCUUUAAAAAUUUCCAACUGAUUUUACAACAACUUUAAUUAGUUGAAAAGUUCAUUUCUAUGCUGAAAAUCAUGACACGAGAGAGAUACUCAGUGAAACACACACUUACCUAAAUAUUAUAAAAAAAAAAUUACCCAUACGAUUGCCUUACCUGUAACCAACAGCGUCUUUUUCCAAUUCAAGCAAACAAUCAUUAUUCACUCACUGAGCAAGCUAGUUCAAGUAGUGGAUGUGAGAAGUGACGUAUAAAUAAUAGCACCUUCUCUUUAAUUUCGAGCCAAAUUAAGAAGAGAUUAGUAUCAGCUUUCUGUCACAAGAGGCAAAACAAAAAAUGCAUAAUCCCAUAUUGGCAAAGAGCUUUAGUCGCUAUGAACAAAAAACAUUUGGAUGGUUUGUUGUAAUGUUGGUUGUUGUGUUUAGCAGUUGCAUGGUUUUCAAGAAUCAUUUGCAUCCUCUAUCAAUUGAUGGUGAUGCCGUGAAUUUACAAUUAUCAAUAAAUGCUGCUGAAUACAUGCCUGUGAUCAAGGACACAACCCUUCUCAAGAAAGGAACUGAGAAAAAGGAUGCAGGGCUAACGUGUAAUGUGUUAGAACCAUUGUCUGAUUACUGUGAGACCAAAGGGGACAUAAGGGUCCAAGGAAAUUCCUCAACAAUUUUUGUUAUGUCUCAUGAUCUCAACAUCUCUACUGGGAACAAUUCAUGGACCAUACAACCUUAUCCAAGAAAAGGAUCAGGGGCAAUGUCACAUGUUAAAUCUUGGACAGUAAAAUUAGUACAAGACGGCGAAAGAAUCCCCAGAUGCAGUGUGGAUCAUGGCCAUCCAGCAGUUCUAUUUUCACUUGGAGGAUAUUCAGGAAACCAUUUUCAUGCCUUCUCAGAUUUACUCGUUCCAAUCUUUUCAAAUUCACGGUGUUUUAAUUCGGAGGUGCACUUUCUUGCCACAGAUUAUAAGCCUUGGUGGAUAGGUAAGUACAGAACAUUGCUCAACAAGAUGUCUAAGCACAAAAUUAUUGACAUUGACAACGAAAACGAGGUACAUUGCUUUCCUAGUGUGAAGACAGGCCUUAAAUCUCACAAAGAAUUUGGAAUUGAUUCCUCAAAGUUCCCAAAUGGGGUGUCAAUGCGCGAUUUCAGACAGUUCUUGAGGAGCUCGUUUUCUCUAAACAGAGUUGAGGCCAUCAAGAUGAAGGGUCAUAUUGUUAUGAGGCCACUUUUGCUGAUUAUGUCAAGGAAAAAAUCGCGAAUUUUGUUAAACGAGGGCGAUGUUAGUAAAAUGGCUGAAGAUUUAGGAUACGAGGUUGUCCUGGCUGAGGAUAAUCAUAGUACGAAUUUGUCAAAGUUCGCGCAAAUUGUUAAUUCUUGUGAUGUGAUAAUGGGAGUUCAUGGAGCUGGAUUAACCAACAUGGUUUUUCUCCCAGAUAAUGCAGUUCUAAUUCAGCUGGUUCCUUUAGGAGCAACGGAUAAUAUGGCUAAAGGUGAUUUUGGGGACCCUGCCGGAGAAAUGAACAUAAAAUAUUUGGAUUAUAAAAUAGAUGUGAAUGAGAGUUCUCUAGUGGAACAAUAUCCACUUGAUCAUAAAGUUUUAAAAGAUCCAUCAUCAUUUUAUAGGAAAGGAUGGAAAGUUUUUAGAUCAAUUUAUUUGGAUAAACAGAACGUAAAGGUUGAUCUCAAUAGGUUUAGGUCCACUUUGUUAGAAGCAAAAAAGCUUCUAGCCACUUCUUGAUAUUUGCACUACAUAUAUAGUGCACCCGUUCCAUUUUUCGUCCAUUGUGUAAUCGUAUUUUUAUCUACUUGAGUUGAGUGAUUCUAUUUUAAUUUAUAAAC